AGAACAGGGCAAAAUCAACACUGUAAGGAAUUGUCUGGGUCAACAGUCAAACUCCUUGGAACUCUCAAUGAUAACCAUGAAAUGUUCAGUUUGGGGAAGCUCAAAGAACUGGAGGAUUCUUCAGAUGAUAAGUCACUGCAAUUUCCGCAGCACAAGAAAAGUCAUGGCAGCUGUGCUAGUCUGCCAUCAAAUAGUAAAAAUGAAGGGAAGCUGUAUUCAGCAACUAUGGUUCAGCACAGGUCUUUGAAUUUAGAUGAUAGCAGAACAAAGAAGAGAGUUCGGAGACCUAAUAAGACACCAGCUCCAGUUCUCAGUUCUCACCUGUCUCAGGAACAAAGUCGUAGUAAGGUUGUGGAUGCCUUGAGGGAGGCUCUCCAGAAAAGGUUGGAUGAUUCCCCUGACUUACGUGUGCAGAAAAACACUGUAUCAAAAAUAGCUAAGAAAGUAGAGAAGGAGAUCUUCAAACUCUUUUGCUGUGUUGAACAAAACUACAGGAACAAGUACCGCAGCCUGCUCUUCAAUUUAAAAUCUACAGAAAACCAGCACCUUUUCCGCCAACUGAUACUUGGGGAGAUCACCCCCAAGAGACUAGUUCAGAUGAGCUCCCUAGAAAUGGCACCCAAGGAACUAGCAGAGUGGAGGGCCAAAGAGAACAAACGAGUGCUGGAAAUAAUAGAGAAAGAGGAGCGAGAAGCACCAAGGUGUUGCUCUGCAAAAUUCACCCACAAAGGAAUUGUAGAGAUACAGAGAGAAGCAGAAGAGGACUUGAUGUUCCAAGAAACAUUUGGAUCACAGUCACCCAAGGAGGAGAAUUCUAGUUCUGAGGUUCCUACCGUAUCUAUGAGAGACCCAGAAGAUGAUCACUGGAAUCAUACAGAGGACUCUAACUAUCUUAGCUGUUUUGGACAGUUUACUGCUGGCAGUGAGAGAGGAUUUAAGCCACCUACAUACAAGCGUUUCUUACAAAAGAAAGCAAAUGCAACCAAACAUUUGCACCCAACCUCUGUGUGUUCAGAGGAAGGGGGAAGGCCUCUACAGGAAGACAGUGUUAUAUCACCUGACAUUCCAAAGAAACAUCGACGAGUGGAGAAGCAGUCCAGGAACUCGGCCAUCUGGAAAGGAGUCAUUCAGAUGUUCAGCAUGAAGCAGUUUGUGGCAAAAGCAUAUCCUGUGUCUGGCUCCAACUGUAAUCUUACUCAGGGUUUACCACAUCUUCUUCGGUCAAGGGGCUGUAUUCUCCCAGAGGAUGUGUGGGCCUAUUUAGACAGCAUAUGGCCAGCAAGCAGCAAGGAGACGGGUGUGAUACGAUUCCACCCCAGCUUGUCCAAAGGCUCCAACCCUUAUGACAUGCUCUAUUCCUACCUGAACAAUAAACAGAGAUACGGCAUUGUGGACAGCAACCAGAUGGAGAUAUUCAUGGUGCCAUUAGCAGCUUACCAGCCAGUGCCUUCUAAACUCCACCCAUUAGGAGGUCCAGGGCUUGAUCCAUGCCAUCCUUCUUUGUUGCUGGGACUAAUCCUGCCCAAGAGAACAUGCACAGGCAGUUUGGAAACGAGGUCCAAUCCCUUACCAAAAACCAAGGGAAAGAGCAUCACUUUUAAGGACAGCAUUGAAACCAGGUGCUUUUCCCCUUCUUCGUGUUCACAAGUGGACCCUCGUCUGACACGGUCACCACGACAAUUGCCAAUAGAUAGGCUUAUCUGUGGAAAAGAGGGCCCAUCCCUUCCAAGUCCAGAGCCACUUGCAGUCAAUACUGUCUUUGUACUCAAUGAAGAGCUUGAUGGAGAGACAUGUCAUAGUGAUCCUUCCUCUUUGCUUCACAAAGCCAACCAAUUUCCUUUCGGUGAUAUUCUCCAGACACUGAGUGAUUCCCUUUUGACAGGAGAACAGUUGGACAGCUUGACUCUGGAAACCUUAGGAGUGCAGCCACAUCAGCAUGGGGAUCCUGUGCAGUUCUGCACUGAUUCUGACCCAUCACAUAUCUGGAAGACCCUUGAGCUUCUUUUGCCUUCUGAGCCUGCGUGCCCAGAUCGACACGAAGUGGAUGGUGCACAAGGGGCAAACAUCUUUGAGGCCCCAUUCUUACAGCUUUGUACUGAAGCUGUGCCAUCUUGUGAAAUGUCACAGGUUUUAUCUUUGCUCCAGAUUCCUUGCACCAGAUCUGUUGCUGGAGAACCCAACUCACUGUUUGAGGAAACUUUAUCCCUCAUCCAGCAUGUCCAAUCCCAUCUCCAGACCCAGGGGCCAAAUGCAUAGAUACCCGAAGAACCAUAAAAGGGCACUGAGGAUUAAACUGCAUUUGUUUAAAAACAGAAUGCAAAGAAAGGGGAAGGUGGCUUUGGAGGCAAAAGCCAUUGUCUUCUGCAAUUUAGAAUUUAGAAUUUAUCUCAGGAAAAAAAUAGAGGAAAAGAGGACCCAAUAUUGGAUCUGUGCUUUUACUUUUGCAACCAAGAUCUUUUUUCAUAUUUGCUUUUUUUUUUAAGUUUAUGACUCACACAAUCCUUAUUAUCUGGCAAGCUUUGAUUUAGGUUCAGAAUAUGCUUGUUGUGAAUAGGACAUUAUGAGCAGAGAUGGCAAUUUUGCUAGCCAGUAAGAGGUGAAUACUUAUGACCAGUUUUACUAAAAAUGUGUGUCACAAUAUGGUAAGCUAGUCAGCUGUAUGGUCUUGCCAAGGAGAAUCUUACCAUACUUCUGUAUCUGGCCAGAAAUCUGGAGAAGUGAGGGGAGGAACAAAAUGAUCCUCACCCUGGUUAGGACAAUACAACAUAGACCGGUUUACCAAGUGAUUAUUUGCACAUCAUAGUAAGUUGCCACUUUGUUAAAAGGUUGUCUCUACAUUCCCACUGUCGCAGAUCAAUAUAUUGAACCAAGAUCUCUGCCAACCACAUUGAAAACAGCAGGUGGGGAAUUUUAUAGUAAGAACAAAAAAUGCUUUCAGGGGGGGGGGCGUCACUUUGAGGAACAGACCUUGUGGAGGUAAACUGUUGAGUGGUGGAAGAUUUAGAACCCUCUUACUCAUACGCAUUUAACAGAACUCCCCUGUUUCUUGGUGACCAGAGCAGAUCUAGGUUUUAAAGCAUGAAUGUAUGUGCCUUGUUUGGUCCUGUAAAUGGGUUGAGCCCUGGCAUGCAAAAUCUCAAUCAGCUUAUAGGUUCACCACAAGCACAUUUUCAGUACAGCCUAAAAACAAGCAUUCUCCAUGACAGCAGUGUGAAUUGGUGCUCAAUAACUUCCUGAACCAAAGUGUUUGAUGAUGAAAGGACUGUGUGAGCAGUGUUCCACUAUUUUUGUAUUUAAGGGCAGUUGUGUGUGGUAGGAGAGAAUGAUCCCAACAGUAAAAAAGACUGAUGUAUAAGGUGAAGGUUGGGUUGGGAUUGUGGGUGGUGUCUGAAUACAAGAUGCUAACAUGACAAAAUUUUCUAUUUUUGUGCUGUUU